AGUAUGACAUUUUUGUUUGCAUAAAAAAAGUUUAUUUUGUUUAUAUUUUUGAGUCUUGUGGUGUAUGAAACAAAAUAUGAAUAUUCUAAAAGUGACCAUGCUACUGCUACUCUUACCUGCAUCGAAUCAGCAAAUUCCGGUUUCAGAAGAAAAUUCGCAUUGUGGUCAGUAUGGUUUUCGGUGUGUGGAUUCGGAAUCAUUUCAAAUAUGCUCUUAUGUCGAUCUGGAUGGACAAACCGAAGCUCCAGAAAUAGUUCGAAAAUGUUUGGAUCACAAUGUUUGUGAUGAGGAUAACCCAGCAUACUGUACCCCAUUAGAUCGAAUAGAAAAUGGUAUUACUCCCACACCGGUAGAAAAAUCGGAAAAGAAAGUUUUCAGUAAACGAAGUCAUGGUGGCACUUUUUCACAAAAAGCGUUCGGUUCAGUAAGUAACAAUAUGGAUGAGCAUAGAGAUCUGAACUUACGAAGUAAUGAUGAUGACAAUCCAUUCGGCUUUAAUAACGACGACAUCGAAACAACCACAGUCGCAACAGAUAGUGAUGAUUAUCCAAUAUUUAAGAAUCAGCAGUUUGAGUGUGAGACAUUCGGAUAUUUUGCAGACAUUUACAACGCAUCGAUGUUUUGGCACUGCGAUCACCAAUUGAAAGGGAAAGGAUAUAUUGUACGGCAUAUGUUAUGUUCACCUGGUAGGGUAUUUAAUCCAGUUCACAAAGAGUGUGUGAUGAUUGGCACAACCAGAAACACAAGAAAUAAUCUCGAUCAUGUAAAAUCAUACCAAUCAGAGGAUACGUUCAAGAAAAAACGACGACCUUUCACCCACAUCGAGCUGGAUAUGAAGUUAAACCGCAAAUUUUCUUGUCGACAUCGUUUACCAGGAAAGUAUUCCGAUAAAACCAAUUGCCGACUGUACCACUACUGUCUACCAAGAACUUAUGCUCCCUUCAACGAACUAACAUUUCUCUGUCCGUCUCAUCUUGCUUACGAUAACGAUAGAGAAACAUGCAAUCGCAUAUCGUUCGAAAGAUGCAUGGCCAGACUCCAUCCACAUGAAUAUAAAAUCUUGUACAUCGAAGUUGAUGCUAUUGUGCUGCAGAAACAAAAAUGUAAAGUUGAUUUGCGUCGACAUAGCCCCGAUUGCUCCGAAUAUCACCUGUGCUACAAUGACGAGGUGGUGCAUUUGAAAUGCCCAGAUUCGUAUCGUUUUGAUGAAAAUUUAUUAACAUGCCAGCCGCAACACCUUGUUUCUUGUGACUACUAGCAGAAUAUCAAUGAGAAAGGCACAAGUAAAUUUUUAAGUGGAGUUAUCGCGAGAGAAAGAGAGUGAGAGUGUAAGUUCGCCAAUAUGUGUUUUUCUUCUAUGGUUGUAAGUUGAGGUCUUAAUUGUGAGCAUCGUAUAACAAUACAGAAAAAAGAUAUUUUUGUAUUUUACUUUUAUGACCGCCAUAGACAUUACUUAAAAUUACGGUACGCAUUUUGUACGUAAAUAUUUUGUUUUUAGAAAAUUACCAAUUUUUGUGAGAAAGUUAUAACAAUUUGGUGUUUGUUUUCUCCAUUUAUUAUUACGAUUUUUUCCUUCUCUUUUCAUUUCGUUAAUAAAAUCAUCUGUUAAUUGCAUA